AGGGUUUUUUUUAGCGCUGUCAAUCACCCUCAUGCUCACCCCAUCCUGCUUGCUCUAUACUAAGCUAAACUGGUUCACCAUAACAUAGCCUGCCACAAAUGCUAAGGCCAGUUAGCAUAGCCACCAAACAGUUUUCCUGUCAGAGUAAAAUGUUUUUCCACCAUUAGCUCCUUCAGCAUCAUACAGGAGUUGAUUGACAGCGCUAAGGCCUUCCCCCUGACUCUGAUUGGUCGUUUUUGACCGGGAGCGGUGCAGACUGCAGUAGUAGGUUGGGGAGGAGAUUAUCUCUCUCAUAUUAUACUGUCACAACUUGGUGACAGUUUUAAAUUAAAAUUUUUUGUAAAAGUUACAAACUGCAGCUUUAAUCUUCAGUCUCACUGAGCCAACAUUUUAAAGACACCUUCCUUCAGCUGCAGUGCUUCAGUUGUAACUCUGACUGUAAAUUCCUGCAGGACAGAUUAUUUUAGGAUUGCUCUGUAUUUUGUUGCUUCCCUGACAAGCGUUCCCACAGCAUGAUGCUGCUGCCACCAACGUUUCACAGAGGGGAUGAUGUGUUCAACAUGACUGUAAAUCUUCUACGAAACACAUUUUUAGUCUCAGUUUGCUGUUUGCAUAUGAAGACUGUUCAGCACUUCGGUCAGUUUUGUUGUUUUAAAAAUGCUUAUGGAUAAAUUUGGCUUGGCUCCAGACUUAUUCCGGACCUCGUGGUUGAUUCUCCGAUUAAAGCUGUCUCUUCCCAGCCUGGUUCAAGUGGGCAGCCAUGUCUUUGUAUUUCUGUCAGGCUCUUUCAGAUGAUGGAUUGAACUUUGCUUUGAGAUAUUAAACGCUUGGAAAAUUGUUUUAAACUCUAAUUCUGAUUUAAAUUUCUCCACAACUUUAUCUUUGACCUCUCUGUUGUAUUUCUGUCUUCUUAAUGAUGUCUGUUCACUGAUAUUUGCUAACAAGCUUCUGAGGUAUUUAAAGAAUAACUUCAUACUGAGAUUAAAUUACACACAAGUGGCUAUAUUAACUAAAAAAGUGACAUUAGAUUUUGUACUUAGCGAUGUCGGUGGGGCUGAAUACCAAUGGACUUUACACUUUUGGGAUUUUAUUUGUGAAAAAUAUGCAUUAAUUUGUGUUUGUUUAUCUCAUAAAAUCCUUACAAAAUACAGUAAUGUAGUUAUAAUGUGAUCAAAUUGUUUUGGCACUGCCUCAUUAUUUUAUGGACAUACUUGCUGUCAGCAUAACUCUUAUAUUACUGAAAGCUGAGGCGUUUGUGACAGUCUGAUGUGGUUUAUAAAGCAUCCAUUAGCACAGAGUUGUGCUUUUAUUAGGCUGCAUUGUUCUGCUUUACGUUGCAAAAGAUGUGCAUGCAAAGAGUAUUUGAGCUCAUUCAACAGCCUUUGCCUAAGACUGUCAAGCAGCUGUCAGCAUUUCUCUUCAUCUUGCUAUUUCACCACAUCUUCCACAUUUCCUCGCCCUAAACGUCCAAGCAGGAGUCAGUUCACAUUAACCUCAAUCUCUCCUCACCUCCACACACUGUUUCAUUGAGUCUCUGAAGCUGUCAGUCUGCGCUGCACCUUUGUGUCUGCCUCCAUUUUUUGUUCUCCUCGCACAGCUUUCAGUGAACACUGUCAAUGUUUUUAUUUUUUUGGGGUGGGGAAGAAUAUGCCUCCAACCUAAAAGUCUAAAGACAGGUGGACACCAGUGGAAACAUCCAGGAUUAGAGAGAGAGAUGUUGUCAGAGAUGUUGUCGUCUCUUUAAUGCACCUGAGAGACGAGUGAAAGGAGGAUGGGUGUGCAGUGAGACAAGGAAGCAUGACUGAAAAAUGACCGGUAGUAAACAGAAAAGAAACGGUGACAGAGAGAAAAGGAGAGCAGAAAUGACAGCCGCAUUAUCACUCUGCCUCCUCAUUCAAACACCACAAGUAAACGCUCUGCUCUGGCUCGUCUCAUUGGCUGCACCUCCAGCCAAUCAUAGCUCGGGAAUGCAAGGUGCCUUUAGGUUAUACCCAACCCCAAAAUAUGAGGGAGAGACAGAGAGAGGCAUGCUGUAGUGCAGAGGUUCCUCCUGUGAGGCGAGCCUCCUUGUGUCUGGUGUUCCUCCUGCAUCACAGAGAAUAAAUUACAGGCUUCCUUGCAGCAGCUUGAGUGCAUGUUGUGUUGCAGCUCAGGCUGCUGGGCUUUCUCCUCCGUCAACAGCUGGCUGAGCCGAGUGUCGAGUUCAGAGGCAGAGAAAGGUUUUUGCAAGGACGAGGAGGACGAAGAGGGGAACGAGGUUAGGGGCUAGAAAAAGUGAAAGUUGUGAUGGUGAUUGGGUUUUUCCACCUUGAGUUUUACGAGUCAGAAAUGUAGGGCGCCAAAGAUUUGAGUCAUCCCUUCAGCUGACUGAGGAGUAGAGGAGUGAAACGGGAAGACAACGUGGGAAACAGAAGUGGAAGGAUUCAGGAUGAUCCUGGGAAGUGUAAACCGACCGGCGCCGGUCCCUGCCUUCCUCAGGAACCCACCUGUCCUCCCGCCGCCUCUGGACAUGAAGCCUUUCCUCCAGUUUCCCCUGGAGUCGCCUCAUCCAGCCGGCAUCAGCCUCUUCCACAACUUUAACGCUAUGGACCCGGUCCAGAAAGCUGUGAUGACGCACACCUUCGGGCCGCCUAUUGUGAAAACAAAGAGGCCGAUAAUCUCCUGCAACGUUUGUCAAAUACGCUUCAACUCAGAGAGUCAAGCAGAGGCGCACUAUAAAGGGAACCGCCAUGCUCGAAGGGUGAAGGGCAUUGAGACGUCUAAGACAUCACGUCUCCAUGAUGGAGACAAACAGCAACCUCAGCCUCCAUCCUCGCCCUCCCCACCCGGCCUCACGCCGUCCAGCCCGAUAUCUGAUCCUAAUCCCAACAAGCGGGAUGAUCCUCAGUCCUGCCCCAGCCUGAAAGAUUCACCCUUGACCCCUAACCACCUCCCAACAACUCAGAUGAACUCAGCAGACGCAGAGUCGUCUGUCGGCACACCUCUGCCAUCCUCUCCCUCCUCCUCGGCAACACUCAGCAGCUCCUCUGGGGACCCAGCAGCGGCCGUUCUACCUGACACCCCCUCCCCGGCACCAAGCCCGUCUUCAGGAGAGUCAGAGGAAGAAAAAGCCAAAAAGCUGCUCUACUGCUCUCUCUGCAAAGUAGCUGUUAAUUCCCUUUCACAGCUGGAGGCUCAUAACAAAGGAACCAAACACAAAACUAUCCUGGAGGCUCGAAGUGGACUGGGACCCAUCAAAGCAUACCCUCGCCUGGGUCCCAAACCCAGCCCUGAUCAGGGAGGCGAGCUCUCCUCUGAUCCAAACACUCAGGAACGCACCUUCCACUGUGAGAUAUGCAACGUCAGAGUCAACUCUGAGCUGCAGCUUAAACAGCAUAUAUCGAGCAGAAGGCAUCGGGACGGAGUUGCGGGUAAACCUAAUCCUCUUCUCAGUCGGCACAAGAAGCGCACAGACUUUAUGGAACUUCCAAAAACCCUAGGGCCUGGACUUUUACCCAGUCCUCUGGCUGUCGCCGCAGCGAUGGCGGCAGCAGCGUCGUCAAACCAACUGGCCCUACGGCCUCCUGGGCCGACCUCCCACCCUCACCCACACCUGCUACAGGGAACGCCCCUCAGCCUGCUGAGGCCAGCCCCGGGUCCCAUCCGCACCACACACGGGCCCAUCCUCUUCACUCCGUACUAACGGUGAACGAAUGGAGAAGAAUCAGCAAGAAGCACACUGUGAACUGGAGGCAAUCAUGUGCCAUUGAGAGCCAAACUGGCUGGUCUGGCUGCACUUUUUAUUUUAUUUAUAGAAGAUAUAAAUAUUACUCCUCAAUGUGUUGAGAUGUUUCUAUCCUCUCGAGUUUUCCUUCAACACCUGAGCAUCAGCUGGUGAUCAAAAUCUACGAGCUGAUUGUUUGAAGAGGACGUCUUCGAGUCUGCAGCUAGAUGUCUUCAACUCUUACACAAGUGUCCAAAUGCAUUCAUGCUUCUUGAAGUUUUUUAACCGUUUCACUGGGAUUUUAUGUGACGGACCAACACAACGUUCACAAAAUAACACAAAAAAGAAAUCUGAAAACGGUAGUGUUCAUUUGUUUUCAGCCCCUCAAAGUAAAAAUGUCCAGAACCACAUUCUGUCGCCGUUUUUCUAUCAACUUUUUAAAUAAAGAAACUCAAAUCUUUGCUCUUUCUUAUAAAGCCCAAUCUCAGUCAGACUGGAGCAUCUGUACAUGUCUCACUGCAGAAACAAAAUCUGAAACUAAAACUAAAUCUGAGUCGGUCAGAUUUAGUUCUGGACUUUGCACCAAAGUGUUAUUUUGGUUAAUUUUGGUAUCAAUCUGAUGCCAGGUAAAUACAGGGCCAGUACCGCUGAUACAAAUACCGAUAUUAAUUAUUUAAGCAUGACAGCAUCAAACUUUUGUGGUUUUUCCUUUGAAUUAUUUUGUUAAUUCAAAACAAACAAUUCUAGGACAGAAUUUAGAUAAAGUAUGUUGGUGUCUACAAAAUACUUUAAUAACAUAUUUACGUGAUGAAGAGAAACAUUGAAAAAUCAAAACAAAUUUGUGUGCAGUUUUCUAAAUAAAGUGCAAAAAAAUAUCAAUUGAGAGCAAAUUGAAGAAAAAUAAAUUAAGGUAGAAUUGAGAAUCUACAGUACAAAAAUGAAAUAUCAUUUCAAGAGGGAAUCUGAAACUAAAGGAUCAAUCUUAUCCUGCAUGUAUCAAUCCAAUACUCAUACCACUUUGGUAUUGAUAUUAUCAAUAUUUUACACCAACCUGUACAGUAUUCAGCAACUCUGGCCAGAUUUUCAGUCUCUUCCCAAGAAAAUUGUUCACACACAAUGAUGCUGCCACCACCAUGUUUCACAGUGGUGAUGAUGUAAUCUGGAUCAUAUAAUUUGGAUCAGUCAUUUUCUUCCACACAAAGUUCAAAAAGUUCAAUUUGGCCUCAUCAGAUCAGAGCGCCUUCUUCCCUGUGCUUAUUGUGUCACCUAUGUAGAUUUUUAGCAGACUACAAAUUUGACUUCUUUUGACUUUCUUUCAGCAAAAUUUCUCAGUUGACGCUCUCUAACAGAAUUUAUUAAGGCAAUUGGUCGCUGUUAACUUUUUUAGGAGUAUCGGGGUAAAGUGGCUCAAAGACAAACGCACCAUCUUCUUUUUUUUUUUAGAAAUCUUUUGCAUAAACAAGUUUUAAAAACUUGAAUAAUCUGAAUAACCACUUUGUGUUGGUCUAUCACUUAUAAACCCAAGAAAAAAAACACAAACAUAAUGUUCAAAGAAGUUCAAGAGGUAUUAAUAUUUUUGAGGCACUAAGAUCCCAUGUGGCGGACUUAAAACCCUACCUCUCUUUUGUUUAUUAUGUUCAUCUCUCUGCAUUACAGUUUUACAGCAAUUAUAUAAUAAAAACACAGAAUUAGAUCUAGUACAUGCGUCUGGAGUUAGCUGGACUCAUGCCAUAGCUGUCAUCGUAGGUUGGAUUAUACCACUGUAACGUUCUGCUCUUGUGGCUCAUACAAUUAGCAGAUGACUCUGUGGUUUCUGUCUGGUCACCUGUUAAUGGCUGACCUGUAUUUGCCUCUGUGGGACACAAAAAAGAAGCAAAGGGGAAAUAGCAAAUGGUAGGACUUUAUAUUGCAUCUUAAAGCUGAAGUGAUAUACAUAGGAAUUUGUAAAGAAGAAACUGCUGUUGCACUAUGCAGAUGUCAGUAUUUGUUUUUUGUGUUAUGUGUACAAUGCAGUAAGGCUGGAGAAAUUGCUAAAAGAAAGUCAAUAAUUUUUUUUUUUUUUUUUUUUUACUCAAUGAAGACGUUGUACUACCAAUGAACUCUUCCUCAAACCAUUCUGUCAGAAACCUUGCUGAGCGCACAGGAGCGCAUUUCUGGUGUCGUUUUCUCAUCCACUCCGCACAGAAGCUUCUUGAAAUAAGUUUCACACUGUGAGCGCAGCAGGACGACAACUCAUUCAUGACUUCAAUCGCCGGGCUUUCUAACGUGGGCACACAAACACAGAACCACCUUUCACCAGAAACGGCAGUGGAGGACACAGGAACCAGUAGGAACAAAGACACCAGCAGCUAGGGACACACCCAGGACCACAAACACUGAAGAGAAGAUGUAUGCAAAGACAACUAAAGAAACCAAAAACGGUCACAUUUUCGGAUCGUAUUGGACUUGGGUAGCAGUAUUUUUUUCUGUGUACUCUGAUCACCAAAAGUAACUAUCAGAAGCUCUCAGUAAGGAAUUGGGAAUCAUUGGAAGAAAAGUUUAGGAAACGGGAAACGUAGCAAUACCGUAAGCACUUCUGUUACUUUUUUCUUGUCAACUGCAAUAAAAAAGAUGUAGAGAAAUGUAAUAAAUGUUCCUUAGGAGAAGUGUAUUGAAACUUUACUGUAAAUGUAGAUUAUUUAAAAGAAAACAAAAAAAAAAACGAUGAACUGUUCAUGUUGGGGCUUCCUUAUUGUUAGAUUUAAACUAUGAAAUCAUUAAACUGAGUUUAUGGUUAAAAGAAGUGUUGAUUUCUGACUUAUAUUUCAUUUCUAAACAUUUUUAUGCAAGUGCUUAAUGUAACACAUACAAAUUAUUAUAUAUAAAGUAACAGACUAAUUUAAAUAAAAACUCAAAGGAAAUCCAUUAAUCUCGUAUCAGUGCUCUCUGUAUUUUAUGCCCUCCUUUAAAAGAUGUUUCAAAAAGUCUUAAAAUAAAUUUAUAUUUGAUUGCUCUAAGUUGUGAGUUAAGCCCUAAAUUAUUCAAACUCGUGAGAGAAGAAGUGAGAUUAAAUAACAGAUAAAUUACUCAAAAAAUAAAACAAUGUGAAGGAGCAUCAGUUUUGAAAAACUAAUAUAUCUAUUUUAGUCAAGUUUUUAUUUAUUUUCUUCUUUGAGUUACAAUCUAAUUUAAUUGCCUCAAAGCGUUUCUGGAGGAGGAGACAUCAGGAAGAACCGACCGGCCAAUCAGAGGCAGGCUAUUAAUAAUAAUUAAUGUGAUAACAAUGUCACAUUUGACCAAAAAAAAACUAUUUAGACUGAAAUAGAGGAAAAAUUUCAACCAUUUGUUACUCCAGCCAAAAUGCUGUUUUCAUAGUUUCAAACUUAUAAUUAUGGUUAUUGAAAAAAAAGAUUCACAUUUAAGGUUUUACAUUUUAUCGACAUUGUUAUUUUGUGACAUCACUAACUAUAAAAUAUUUCUGUGCUAACUGAAUUGGUGAAUUGAGUUAUACUAUGUUUUUGGUUCACAUUUCUAUUAGUAAUUGUUGAGGGGCAGCAAGGCGUUAAAUAAGUUCAUGUAGGUCAGUGGAGUAGACAAAACAUUUGAAAAAAUAAAAUUAAUAAGAAGUUAGAAAAAUAUGUCAUGAAAACUGUAUAUAAUAUUUGAAGAAGUCGCAUUAUCAGAGGAUGAAAUAUUUUCAGUGAAUGAAACUAAUACUUGUAGAAAGCUGUUCAUCUUCUGACACUGUAAGACAGUCAGACCCACCGCACUGUUUGUCCAAGCUGUCAGUAAAGAACAUUAAAACAAUAAAAAAUAACUUCUGUGGCAUACAGUUCCUUGACAGUAUUACAUUAAAUUGCAAUUUCUACAAUUUAACUACAGGCAGGAGAUAAGAUUGCAUGAUUAUACUUCUCCUUUUUUGCUCUUUUCAACAAGCAUUUUGAUAUUUUUUUUUUUCCUUUUUAUGAUUCAUGACAAGUUACAACAUGUGUCAAUGGAUUGUAGUCAGUCAUAAAUGUACAGCUGACUCAGGAAGCAGCUCCAGUGGUACCUGGGAUUUGUCAUAAAUGAAUCAGGCAGCCAAACAGAGGAAGGACGUUCUCUUCUCUGCCUGCUGAUCAUCAGUCAGAACUUUGCUGGGCAACAAAGUCACAAAAUGCAAAAACAUAAAGCAGUAUAAAUAAUCUAGCAAACCACUGUAUGUAUGUAGAACAGUGAGUUUGUGUGUGUAUUGUAAAUACUAAAAUAAACGUCCUGCAUUGUG